AUAAUCUGUGUGAAGACUCCUGGUUUUAUCCAUGCUGCAUAUACAGGAAACGUUCACAUUUACUUUUAUUGUUAAGGUGACCGCAAAAUUGUCACUGCAAGCUUUGCUUUAAAUUCAGGCAUGGAAAGGGGAGCUGGAACAGCUGGCUUUAAUUUUUAAAUGUGACAUGCAUAAGAAAUAUUUUAAAACAUGGGAUCCCCAAGCAAAGAAUAGUAAAUGUGUCAUUGGUGUUGAAGUUGGAAGCCACAUGACAUUGUGACAUGACUAAAUUAAGCAGAGGCUACUGUGGUUUUGAGAUGGCUCGUUUCCAUGCUGAAGGAAUUUUUGCAUUUUAUGAAUUGGAGAGGAGAAAGGCGACAGAGAUUUCUAGGUGGACAGAAUGCAUCUGGUAUUGUCCUUAGAUGUAAAUAUCCGAGAUAGUUUUAAGCUGUAUGAGGGUGAUAUAACCUAAAUGCUUCCACAUAAACGCAGUUACUUCAGGGAAGGAGAAUGAGGUAAGAAGAGAGGGAAAUACCGUAUGUUGUAAACGGAAAAAAGUUAUCAUGCAGGAAUUCAUCAAAUAUUAAAUUGUUUUCCCGUAGGGAUGAUUAAAAAGUAAACGAACCCUUCUAUCCAUUCCCAAUGCAAAUGAAUUAGAAGAAAAUGCAGCUACAUCAACAGAGGUACUUACCCCUCCCGAGGGAAGCCGAGGUCUUAUUAGGGUGGUAAACACCGUGCCAAAUGUUUUGAGAGUGCCGAUUGAGAGAUGGUACAGACACGGGAAACGUUAGCAUUUCCUCUGGAUGUUAAGGUGACGCAGGAACCGUCACUGCAGCGUUUGCUUUGCGUUCAGAUGCGGCAGCUCAGCGCAGCUGUAGGUGGAGGAGCGUGCCAGGGAGAGGGGAGCUGGGAUGCAGCUGCAAUCUACACUCGCAGGGGUCUGUCCUGCCUCCCGAGGCUGCAUUGCAGUGGGCGCGAAAGGCUCGUGUGUACCGAAGUAUAGGGGACCUGUCUGCAGCAGGAGGGCCUCGAAGGACACGGAGGAUUAUGGUAUCACUGAAGGCAUAAGAUUCAGAGGUGCCCACGGUCUAGCAUCCCCCAGUUUGGGCGGAAAGUCGAACUGCUCACAACGGCGGUCCUCGCGAGCGCCCAGCGCAGCGGCUGCAAUGCCUCGUCCCAUCCUGCGAGGGCCGCUAGGAGCGAGUCACGACGCGGGGCCGCUCUGGUCGCCCGCGAGUGUCGGUGGCCCCGCCCCGCCCGCAGCCGCGGGUGGAGACCGAGGACGGCGCCGGCGCGUGCGCGCUCCCUCGGCGCGGCGGGCUGCGUGCGCGAGUGGGAGGUGGCAGGCCUGCGCCUCCGGCCUUGCCCGCGCCCGCUCCCAGCGCGACGUCUGCAGCCAUGAACCGGUUUGGUACCCGGUUGGUGGGAGCCACGGCGACCUCUUCGCCGCCGCCGAAGGCCCGCAGCAAUGAAAACCUCGACAAAAUAGAUAUGUCUUUGGAUGAUAUCAUCAAAUUGAAUCGAAAGGAAGGGAAGAAGCAGAAUUUUCCAAGACUAAAUAGAAGACUCCUCCAGCAAAGUGGUGCCCAGCAAUUCAGGAUGAGAGUGCGAUGGGGAAUCCAACAGAAUUCUGGUUUUGGUAAGACUAGUCUGAAUCGUAGAGGAAGAGUAAUGCCUGGAAAGAGACGUCCUAAUGGGGUUAUCACUGGCCUUGCAGCUAGGAAAACAACUGGAAUUCGAAAAGGAAUUAGUCCUAUGAAUCGUCCACCUCUAAGUGACAAGAAUAUAGAACAAUAUUUUCCAGUGUUAAAAAGGAAGGCAAAUCUUCUGAGACAAAAUGAAGGGCAGAGGAAACCAGUAGCAGUUCUCAAGAGACCUAACCAGCUAAGCAGAAAGUAAGUGCUCAAAUAUAAUGAUGUGUU